AUGCGGACCUCCAGGGUAUCUAGAGAUGCCUCGAAGCUAUUCGAUCGCGUAUCGGACCCAAUAUCACCACCGAGACGAGUGACGAGAUCAUCACUUGCCCAAUUCGCCUUUGCCUCCUCGGCGAAUGAGUCCAAGCCUACGAUUCGCGAUAUUGAGGAUAUCGCAGCUCCUCCCUCUCGAAAACGAAGGCGUGUCGUUGCCACGAAAAUCGAAUCAUCGAUAUCUACAAGUUCCGUCAAGGCCAAAGCCGCCGGCCAAACCCUCGAUGACAUCCCAUCGCCGCCAGCCAAGGCACCGCGACGUGCUCGCAAGCCUGCUCGCAAAACGACCAACCCAUCGACCGGCGAGACAACUAUAGAGCCACCCUCCGACUGGGAGGCCAUGUACGACGUGGUGAGGAAAAUGCGAGCCCCUGGCGGACGAGCACAUGGCGCAGCUGUGGACACAAUGGGCUGCGAGCGGCUGGCGGAUCGAAGCGCAUCGCCCAAAGACCAGAGAUUCCACACACUGGUGGCGCUUAUGCUGUCGAGUCAGACCAAGGACACGGUGAACGCCGUGGUCAUGAAGAGGUUGCAGACUGAGCUACCGCCGUACAAACAAGGGGCGCCGGUCGGACUGAACCUAGAAAACAUACUGGCCGUUGAACCGAAGCUGCUGAAUGAGUUUAUCUGGCAGGUGGGAUUUCACAACAACAAGACAAAGUACAUCAAGCAAGCGGCCGAGAUUAUUCGCGACAAGUGGAACGGUGACAUUCCCGACACUAUCGAGGGACUGACAUCUCUACCAGGGGUCGGUCCCAAGAUGGCCUACUUGUGCAUGUCGGUCGCGUGGGGUCGCACAGAGGGUAUCGGCGUCGACGUGCAUGUGCAUCGCAUCACGAACCUCUGGGGCUGGAACAAGACCAAAAACCCAGAGGAGACGCGCGUAGCACUUCAAUCAUGGCUACCGAAAGACCGCUGGCACGAGAUAAACCACCUGCUGGUCGGUCUGGGCCAGUCAGUAUGUCUCCCCGUCGGGCGCAAGUGUGGUGAAUGCGACCUGGGAAUGGAGGGUCUCUGCAAGGCGGCGGAUCGGAAGAAGGUGUUGGAGGGGCGGAAGAUCAAGGCGGAGAAGAUGGAGCUCGAGGCUCUAGACGGCGCAGCAGUCAAGGUCGAGGUUACACAAGACGUCGUGGUCAAGAAAGAGGAGGGUAUCGAUGGGAUGACAACAGUUGAUCCGGCGGGGGAAGCCGCGGCCCCGCCUCCGGAACCAGCCACCCCAUAA